GAACUUUUGCUUUCUAUUUUUCACACCUGGCUAGAAUUAUUUAAUGUAAAUUCCAGAAGUAAAAAAGGCAACUUCUUCUCUUCUUGUGGACAAUUUCUUGUUACUCAAAUACACUGAGUUGCUCAUAUAUUCGGGUAAGUGUGUGGGCAGAGUAUCCAUAUUCCCAACAACCACGAUAAGAAAGCCACAUCAUAAGAUGGAAUAAACAGUUGUGGGUGGGCAGAGGGUAGAUAGAUAAACAGAUGUGCAUAUUUUACAUGGCUAGCCUCACAAAUAUCAAGGGAUAUACCGUGUCCAUUAUUUCUAGAAGGGGCCAUGGCUUAGACGAGGAGUCCUAGAGUAUUUAAUGCUCAUUUUGAGCUACGCAGGGUCCGUGCUCUAUCAGACAACUCCCUACAACAUCCAAUGGCCCACACAUUAUGCCAUCUCCCCAAUUACCCUCACAUGACAUGGGUUAACCCAGGCUAUGCUAACAUUCACUUGUCCAUAUUGGAUCGUCGCAAAGGUGAAUUGAACCCUGGUCUCCCACACAAAGUAUGACAGUUAUAACCACUAAGCUAAGGCGCCACUAACCGAGGUUGGGUCAGAGAAUCAAGGAUGUUUGAGUAAGCUAACAAAGCUAGAUACUCAACCUUGUAUACUCUAUUAAACUCAAUUAUACUGCACUUAAUCAUUUUGUAAAUGUCUAGCAAACCAACAACACUUUUAUUUUUAUUUUUUUUUACCUUCUUGUAUAUUUUACUUAUGAAGGUUAUGAAGAGAUUUAUUAUUAUUUCAACAAAAUAUGCCUUUUUAUAAAAAUACCAAAAUUCUGUUGUUCUAAACACAAUGGACCUAUUGUUUCUACCCUAAAAUGACUUCCUGAUAUUUUAGAAAGCAUAUUCUUAUAUAAAAAAAUUAUUUUUGUGGAUGCUUUAGUUUGUUAACUUUGUAAGAUUAAUUUUAGAUACAAAAUAAUCAGUAAUUUUCGCUAGUAAAAACAAAACCAUUAAUUUCUCUAACAAUAAUGAGCAACAAAGAGCUACUGGAAAACAAAGUAUGAAGGAAUUAGACAUAUGCUCAGAUACAUUUUGCCAGUACGUUUACUGUCUAAUCUGGCCUGACAGGACUCUUGAACUAAAUAUUUAAAGGAAAUUUUUUUUGCGGAAAUAAACCUAUUCAGAUGUAAAUCAUCGUUCUCGACUUAACGUCAUUUUUCCAUCCUAUAGCAUGGGUUGGACAGGGUAUAAUGAUUACGAGAGUUUUGGCAUUGUUUUACAGCUGGAUGCCCUUUCUAACACCAACUCUUCACACACCCGACUGGGUGCUUUUUAAAGUGAGAAUUUUAGAGAAAUAAACUUUGCAAUAUUUCACAGAAUAUUGGGUUUUUUGACAGCUACAUUAAAACAGAAAGUAUAAAAAUCUGAAAAGGGUGGUCUAAACACCAUUAGCAAAAUUGGCACCAGGCAAAUUUAACAUUUUUUGUAAGAAACAUCAGUCAAGAAUAUUCCACUUUCCCAAGAAUAUCAAUAUUUAAACCGGGCUGGUGGUCAUCAUUCUUAUUUUUGUACUUUUUUCUUUAUUUUUUUAAACAAUAAGCCUUUCUUUACCUAAAAACCGACAAACAAGUCAUAUUCUUAUAAAAAAGCAGGAUGCAUUAUAACCAAAAUAAAUAAAGGGGCAGGAAUGGUUAUCCAGAUGAGUGUUAAGGGUUGCUAAAAGAGCAAAACAAGAAGAACAGUGCAUUUGGGUAAGCAAACUUUGAGCAAAGUGGAAUAGUGUACACUUACAUGCUUUUAAAUUUUAAAUUAAGUAAGUUGAUUACUUUGUCUAUGUUUAGGACUCUAAUGCACCAAGUCAAUGACCUAGACCUUAUGUUCAGUAAUACCUUUUGCAAAACAAAAGUAAUGUUAAUACCUGCCUAAUAAUACCUUCAAAAGCUUGUAAUACAUUUGUGGAAACUUUUGUGCCACAGAGAGAAAAUGCAACCAAAAGUACUUUCUAGCUUUCCAAUGACCUAUUUUUAUGAAAAAGAAUUUACGUGGGUUUUACUUCACACAUAAAUUUACAGGGGGAGGAAAAUUCCCUUAAUCCCAGCCCUCACCUUUGUCAAAAACGUAUUUUGUAACCUUUCUUGAAGUUAACUGUGUUGCGAUAACAAAAGUUAUGCUACAAAGAUUGAAAUUAUUUUACUCAAACAAUUGCAAAUGAUAAAAAAAUGUUUCGCAUUGAAAAGAUAGCCAAGUUGGUUAGCACGUUUCACUAUGAUGCAACGUUCUGCUGCAGUGCUGGUUUAAAUCCCUUAUGAGACAAAAAACUUUACAAUGUUGAUGAUGUUGCAACUGCAAUUUAGGACAUUGAUAGUUACGAGUUGGAAACCAAUACUAUCCCACAGGCAAGGUCAUUAUGAGUGUACCAAUUUGAAAAAGCAAGUAUUAUGAAACAUUUUCUAUAUAUGUUUUUUCACAUGGUAAUUUCUUUACAUAUUAGUUGUAAUAUGUUACAAAUAACUACUUUUGAUUAUGUCCAUGUCUGUUUUUCUAGACUUUUGUCUACUUCUCACAUUAUAUAUAUAUGGUUGAUACUUCUUGUCUUGUCACAGAAUGAUUACAAGUGCGCUUUUAACAACAAAAUUAACGUGGCUUACACGAAAAUACGUUUCUGGAAGAGCUACAACUGCAUUGGAUGAUAUACUAGAGCCAUUUUUUAAAAAUGGUUUGACAAAUUAUUCGUGUGAAAAGAAUAAAAAUAUUAUUGCAACAGUUAUGGUUGAGCACAAUAUCAAAUGUUCGAAAAAGAUAAAGACAUGGAUUGAUCAAAGGAAAAGAAAAGAAACAAGAAGAAUCAAGAAAUUGGAUAUACAUACUACGUCAGAAUGUUACAACAGUGUGAAGGAUCCCAAUACUAUGCCAAUUCCCAAAGAUGUAACUCCAUUAAAGCUAGAAAGGUGGAAAUAUUAUUUAAAGAAUUGCCCUCUGCAAGAUGCAUCUUGGGUUUUAGAUGGAAUAUCUAAUGGGUUUUCAUUAAAUUGUAAUCCUCUGAAACUUAUAUCUGCCAAGAAAAACCUAGCAUCAGCUUAUUCACAUUCUAGCAUAAUUGAUGACUAUUUAAAAAAUGAACUAGAAUUUGGGACAAUCAGUGGUCCAUACAUUGAUCCUCCCUUUGACAAUGUGCACAUAAACAGGUUUGGAGUAAUUCCAAAAUCUUUAGGAAAAUGGAGAAUGAUAACUGAUCUGUCCUUCCCAGUUGGUGGAAGUGUUAAUGAUGGAGUGUCUUUUGAAAACUAUACUGUCUCAUAUGUUGGAUUAUCAGCUGCUAUUAAGAAAAUUUUAAAAUUCAACCAAGGAUGUUUAAUGGCAAAAUUUGAUCUUCAAAGAGCAUACAGGUUGUUGCCUAUCAAAGAAAAUGAAAGGAAUUUGUUAGUUUUUAAAUGGAAUGGUUUUUAUUAUGUUGAUUUAGCUUUACCUUUUGGUGCCAGAAGUGCACCAAGAAUAUUUACAAGAUUUUCCAAUGUGUUGGAAUGGAUUUUUAUGACAUGUGGAUCAGUAAGGGACAUGCAACAUUCUUUAGACGAUUUUUUUAUUUGCGGACCUAAAAAGGAAUCGGUGUGCCAAGAUGGGUUAACAGCUUGUUUUGAAAUUUGCGAGGAGUUGGGUGUAAAUAUAGAACACUCAAAGACAGAGGGACCUUCUACGCAAAUUCAGUAUCUUGGAUUGAUCAUUGAUACAGAUGUUAUGGAAAUCCGUGUUCCUGUUGAUAAAUUAGGAAAAAUCAGGCUACUGUUGGAUGAAUGGUUGACAAAAGGCUUUGGUAGUAAAAGGGCAUUGUUAUCUUUAAUUGGUUCUCUAUAUUACUGUUGCCAGGCGGUUAUUCAUGGUAGGCCAUUUCUUGAACAAUUGGUUAGGAGAGCAUAUAGUGUAGAGCAGCUUCAUCACAAAGUUGUGUUGACUAAAAGAGAGUUAGAAGAUGUACGUUGGUGGUUUUACCUCCUCAAUACAUGGAAUGGUAGGAGCUUGCUUAAUGAUUUGACCCACAACAAACAUAUAGUCCAGUUGCAUUCUUAGGACUUUUAUUCAUUUUUUAAAAAUGUUAACUGUAACUUUUUUAAACAUUAAAAAAUUGGUUUUUUUUUCAUUUGCACACAAGCCACUACUGUUUCCUCAAAAAAUUAUUUUUUAUGCAUGUUGAAAUCAAGAAGUAAAAAUUAUGAAGUAAUACAAUACAAUGUUGUGGGAAAGCAUCUGUAAUCUGUGUAUUUGUUUUCUUUAAAAAUUCUCCUCCUAAGAAGUCAUAUU